AACAAGUGCAGGCUCUUCCUUCCUGCCCGCUUCGGUUCCAGUUCACUUCAGCAGCAGUCGGUCACCGAGGACACACAGGGCGAGGAGGAGCACAGAGUGGGAGGACAGGAGAGAUAAUGGAAGAGAGAAUGAAGAUGAAGAGUUGAUAUAAAUUACAGCAGAGGGCCUCCGCAGAGUGAAUAGAUGGAUGGAUAGGUAGAUAGAGGGCAGAGGCUGAGAGAGAUUUUUCCAUAUUUACCUGCCGUCCACAGAACGGAUCCUGACAUGAGUGCACAGAUGAGUUUAAAGUGUGCUUGUGGUGAGAGGAGGAGACGGUAGUUGAGAUGAUUUAUGCGAGGUAGUGCAGCCUAGUUAUGGACACUGUUAUGAUUAUGAAGCCGAAGUUUGACAAGUGCUGAGAUGGAGAAGGACAAGAGAAAGUUCAAGCUGAGCCGCUUUCUCACCUUCUACCUGUCCAAAAAGAACAAAGUGUUGGCUGGCACGGGCACCGCUGCUCACUGUGACAGCGUCAGAUCAACAUCUGCAAAGGAAAACAGCUGUGGCACUUUACCUGCAACGAGGAACCACUGGACGGACGAUGGAGAAAUCAAGGAGAUCAACAUCACCCAUGUGGUCAAGGAAGGCUCGGAGAAGGCUGACGCGUCUCAGUUUGAACUGCUCAAGGUUUUGGGACAGGGAUCAUUCGGCAAGGUGUUCUUGGUGCGAAAGGUGACCGCCCCUGAUGCCAACCAGCUCUACGCCAUGAAGGUCCUCAAGAAGGCCACCCUCAAAGUCAGAGACCGUGUGAGAACCAAGAUGGAGAGAGACAUCCUGGCAGACGUCAACCACCCGUUUGUUGUCAAACUGCACUAUGCAUUCCAGACCGAAGGGAAGCUGUACUUGAUCCUGGAUUUUCUCCGAGGAGGAGAUCUCUUCACCAGACUCUCCAAAGAGGUGAUGUUCACCGAGGAGGAUGUGAAGUUUUAUCUGGCAGAGCUGGCACUUGGACUGGACCACCUCCACAGCCUGGGCAUCAUUUACAGGGACCUCAAACCUGAAAACAUUCUCCUGGAUGAAGAGGGUCAUAUCAAACUUACAGAUUUCGGCUUGUGUAAAGAAGCCAUCGAUCAUGAGAAGAAAGCGUAUUCCUUCUGCGGUACUGUGGAGUACAUGGCGCCCGAGGUGGUGAACAGACAGGGACACACCCACAGCGCCGACUGGUGGUCAUUUGGAGUGCUGAUGUUUGAGAUGUUGACCGGGUCACUGCCGUUUCAAGGGAAGGACCGCAAAGAAACUAUGAGCCUGAUUCUGAAGGCGCGGCUGGGCAUGCCUCAGUUCCUGAGUACGGAGGCUCAGUCUCUGCUCAGGGCCUUGUUUAAGAGGAACCCUUCCAACAGACUGGCAUCUGGGGCCGAUGGUGCCGAGGAGAUCAAAAGACACGGGUUCUUCUCCACCAUAGACUGGAAUAAACUCUUCAGGCGAGAGAUUAAACCUCCAUUCAGACCAGCGGUGGCACGUCCCGAUGACACCUUCUAUUUUGACUCUGAGUUCACCUCCCGCACCCCUAAAGACUCCCCUGGAGUUCCCCCAAGUGCCGGAGCUCACCAGCUCUUCAGAGGCUUCAGCUUUAUUGCGUCGACUCUGUUGGAUGAGGAAGGUUCAGUGGAGCCAGUCAAACCCCCACCACACCCAGUGGUUCAGCAAUUACACGGGAAGAACCUGCUGUUCAGCGACGGCUACGUGCUGAAGGAAGACAUCGGCAUGGGCUCCUUCUCUGUCUGUAAACGAUGUGUCCACAAAGCCACCAACACAGAAUACGCCGUCAAGAUGAUUGACAAAACCAGCACAGACCCGUCUGAGGAGAUCGAGAUUCUGCUUCGAUAUGGACAGCACCCCAACAUCAUCACCCUGAAGGAUGUGUACGACAACAAUAAGCAGGUGUUCCUGGUGACGGAGCUGAUGCGUGGAGGAGAGCUGCUGGAUCGGAUCCUCAAGCAGAAGUCCUUCUCGGAGAGAGAGGCCAGCGCCGUGCUUCACACCAUCACCAAGACAGUGGAUUACCUGCACGCACAGGGGGUGGUGCACAGAGACCUGAAGCCCAGUAACAUCCUCUACGUCGACGAUUCAGGUAACCCCGACUCCAUCCGGAUCUGUGACUUUGGCUUCGCUAAGCAACUGCGCGCCAACAACGGCCUGCUGAUGACCCCGUGCUACACCGCUAACUUUGUAGCUCCCGAGGUGUUGAAGCGUCAGGGUUAUGAUGAAGGAUGCGACAUCUGGAGUCUGGGAGUCCUGCUGUACACCAUGCUGGCCGGUUUUACACCAUUUGCCAACGGACCUGAGGACACCCCCAAGGAGAUCCUGAACAGGAUAGGCAACGGUCACUUCAGUCUGACUGGAGGAAACUGGGACCCUGUGUCUGAUUCUGCCAAGGACCUCGUGUCCAAGAUGCUUCAUGUGGACCCCCAUCAGAGACUGACAGCUCAGCAGGUCCUCAAACAUCCCUGGAUCGUCCAGAGGGACAAGCUACCCAACAACCAGCUCCCGCACCAUGACCCCAAAGUGGUCAAGGGUGCGAUGGCAGCCACCUACUCCGCUCUGAAAAACUCCCAACCGCCUCCAGAACUGAAGCCCAUCGAGAGCUCCUUCCUGGCCCAGCGGCGCGUCAAGAAGCUCCCCUCCACCUCCCUGUAGAGACUCUUUGGAAAAAAAAAAAAAAAAAAAACACACAGCCAAUCAGCUCAUUGGAGACUGGCCAAAACUGCACCCCCCCCUUGGCUCCAACCACGCAGUCAGCUUGCAUCGGGGACCUCGGCGCCCACGCACCUCUAACCAGCCAAGGAACACCGACUGUGGUCCUGCCCCCAUCUGGUGACAUCACUCCCGCUCUCGCUACUGUAUCAUCCUCCCUUUUGUCGGGCUGCUGUCAGACAAAUCUUUGGACUAGCAAGGAAAAUCAUGAAAAUAGAUGGGGGGGGGGGGGGGCUAUAAGGGCAAAAUAAGAAAGGGUGCAGGUUAUUGGCAGAUGUAUAAGUUGUGUGUGUGUGUGUGUGUGUGUGUGUGUGUGUGUGUGUGUGUGUGUGUGUGUGUGUGUGUGUGUGUGUGUGUGUGUGUGUGUGUGUGUGUGUGUGUGUGUGUGUGUGUGUGUGUGUGUGUGUGUGUGUGUGUGUGUGUGUGUGUGUGUGUGUGUGUGUGUGUGUGUGUGUGUGUGUGUGUGUGUGUGUGUGUGUGUGUGUGUGUGUGUGUGUGUGUGUGUGUGUGUGUGUGUGUGUGUGUGUGUGUGUGUGUGUGUGUGUGAUGGUGCAUGACCUGCCUCGGGGAGUCGAUGCAGCCAUGUUUUUCCGAUCGUGACAAUGACAGUUUUCUCUCCUCAUCACUGCUGUAAUCGGUUGUCAUUCGGCUUUGCUGCACGCCUGUUCGUCUGCCUGUUCCGUUUGUGUUUUCUGUCUUCUUUUUGUAAAGUUGACGAGCUUUAUAUUACCGGUUGUGCUGCCAAAUCAAACUGUGCCGACAGCACGGAACCAGACUACUGUCCAACUGCUGUUAAAUGUUUUUCUUGAAAGAGCAUAAUGAAUAUGAAAACAUUUCUACCAUAAAAUGCCUCUUUUGGCUUCGGUACAGCCAGAACAAGUGGAUUCUGGGAAAUGUCAAUGCUGAUGUUUUUGUUAAUGUCAAUCUAUGCUUGUUUUUGUUCUACAGAGAGAGUGUGAGUAUGUUUGGUGUGUGUGUGCGCUAGUUGCAUGACUUGCAGUGUGUGUGUGUGUGUGUGUGCGUGUGCGUGUAUGUGUGUGUAGUGUCUUGCUGGACGCUGCAGGGUCAUGUGCAUGGUCCGGUGAUGUGAUGAUGUCAUGUGGCUUCCUCGUUUCUCUCCCCUCUCUUCUCUGCUUGGUCGAUAUGCUGGCAACCAUUUUGAGAUGUCUCUUAUUUUUUAUUACUACAAAAAUUAGUAACAUAGGUGGCUUUCUGUGAAAGAAAACUUGCCCCAAAAAGGAACAAUGUGGCAUGUUUGAAAAAAAAAAAAAAAAAAAAAAAUCUAUAUUUGCUCUGUUUUGUUUUUUUUCCCACUGUGUUUCUUUGAUGAUGCAUAUUGAAUGCUGUUUCCUAUGUUGGCUGCUUUGGUUGUUGACUCUUUUUCUUUUUUUUUGUCCAAAGAAAGUGGUGAAUAAAAGUAAUGAAAGAUACGCUGAGCACAUCACCGUCUGUGAACUCAAUGCCCCCACAGGUCUUUCCUUCUGCUUUAAAAAAUAAAGGCUCACUUUUUUGUAUUGGAUCACUCUGAAACUGCCUCCCUCCACCGUUUAAAAAACAAAACAAAAAAAAAACAAACCUGUGAAAUCCUUCUGAUCCGCCCUCAGCUUGGAGUUUUGUGUUAACUCUUCCAUCCAUGAGAUUUGACUUUCCUUUGACAGGCCUCAUAGGGUAGGCCUUGCUUUCAGUUCAGUGCCUGGGCCUACAGGUGAGGUUUAAAUGUCACGUAUAGAAAACAUGAGAAAUUAAAAAAAAAAGAGCCUGUACACGUGGGGAAGGAGAGACCUGUGUGGCCUAAUGUUAAAUGAACCAGCUUGUCUUACCUCAAAAGGGAUCAAAGUGAUAUUAUCAAUUCUUGUUUGGUGGCAAAGCUCCCUCCUUUCACUAGAUUUAUGGUAAGAUGUUAUUGUAUGAUAAAGAUGAAGAUUUUUAUAUCUUACAAUAUUAAAAAAAAAUGCAGUUGCUAUGAAAA